AUGGCGGACGUCGAGUCGCAGAAGAUAUGCGUCAAAGCAAAGUCCAAGAUCACGUUUCCCGUAGCCAUCGACGCGUUGAUAUUGGUGCUAGUCGCCUGUUUUCUGAUACUGACCGAACUGGGGCUGCUGCCGCAAGUGGUAAAGCGCGGCUACUACUGCAACGAUCAAUCGAUCCAGCAUAAGUACACGGGCGAUACGAUAUCAACCGUCACCAUACUGCUGAGCGGUCUGGUACCCAUCGUGCUGAUAUGGUUGACGGAAGCACUCUUCUACACGCCAUCGAUCAGUCUGAGCAAAACCGAAACCGAAUCGCGGUGCCGUGGUUCGUGGCGGGAAGCUUGGUACUGGUCGAAGAAGUAUGUCCGCGGGCUUAUUACCAUGCUCGUCAUCAUCGGUACAAUAAAGAUUUUCCUUGGCGAAUUACGACCCCACUUUAUAAACACCUGCCGACCGGACGUCGAAUGCCAGGGCACCGAUUACGUCAGCUCGUACACAUGUACCAACAAUGAGGAAAGUUUGUACUUCGUGCGUGAUGCCAGCAAAUCCUUCCCCUCGGGUCAUUCCGCCAUGUCCGUGUUUGAGGCAAUCUUUCUCAUCUGGUAUCUGGAGAAGCGGGUGCCCCGGUUGCGGACACUGUUCACCGUACCGUUGCUGCAGAUGGUCUUCAUGUGCUGGGCAGUGUUUUGCUCGCUUUCGCGCAUCACCGAUCAUCGGCAUCACUGGUGGGACGUACUGGCCGGUACGGUGGCAGGUUUUAUUGCUGCCUUUAUGACGUGUCUUUUCGGAUGUCACAACUUUGACACGAGCAAGCGGAAACGGAAGAGUUCCGUGUACACCGAUCACGAUCACAAACUGAUCAACACUGGUAGCGGAAAUGCAGCGACCAUCAGUACACCGUUGCACAAGGAGGAGAUCAAUCUGAACAACGUGAUCCAUGCCUGA